AUGACUUAUUUGGUCAUCCGUAAUCGAUUCAUCUAUACAACUAUGUUUGCCAUCCUCCCCUUUUUAUGUUUAUUCCUCUCGCUCGAGACUGUUCCCGCUAUGGUUAACAUACGACAAGAACAAUUAGUCCCUGAUGAAGAUAAUAUGCUUAAAGCUAUAGCUGAAAUACCACUCCGAGGAAAUGCGUCCGUUGUUUUUAUGCUAAAGCAGUACGAAGAUCAUCUUGAGUACGACAUCCACUUCAAUGCCCUAAAUUCGGAUGCCUCCUGUAUCUCCUGGGCUAUUGGAGUCCCUGGAUAUUUAAAUGGAGGAAACGAGUGUCAUUUUCUCGACACCAGGUGUGCUAAUGAUGUUCCGACCAAUGCUUGUAUAUCUGGCCUAGGUAUGCUUGGCGAAUGUGGAGCUAUCCUAACAAGAUCAGGUCUUAAUAUUAGUAAAUACACUGAGCAAACGAAUCUUGUAAUUCAGUCUGCAAAAACAAAUGCUAUUACUCUCAAUAACAGACACCCACGUAAUGUCGUCGGUAAAGGUAUUCUGGUAGCAUACUCUACUGGUGAGGAUAAACAAGAGUUGGCAUGUGGGACAAUUUAUCCAGGUCAAGGAACAUUCGGAGCCUUUACUGUCAGCUCUCAGGCCCGCAGUGGCAUCUUUGAAAAUAGUGGAUCCAGUACUUUGAGAGUCAUGGGUCUAUGUAGUGCUCUUCUAAUGGCAUCUACAAUAUGCUUUAUUGGACUUUAG